AUGAAGGAGUUUGAAAUGUCAGAUUUAGGUAUUUUGCAAUACUUUCUUGGUCUUCAAGUGAAACAAGUAGAAGAUGGAAUUUUUGUUUCUCAAAUGAAGUAUUCAAAAGAUCUCCUGUUCAAGUUCGAUAUGCUUACUUGUAAAGCAGCUGCCACACCCAUAAAUGCAAAUGUGAAAUUUCAGCUUGACGAUGGCACAGAUCUUGCCGAUCCUAGUCACUACAGAAGCUUUAUUGGAGCUGGGACAGUUGACUCCAGGAUUUGGUACUCCAAAGAUGCACAUUUCAGCUUGACAGGAUACAAUGAUAGUGAUUGGGCAGGAAGUACAUAA